GACUUACUCCAGAGUUUACAGACUGACUAAGCUCUGUUCUAAUGACAUCCGUGAUGAUUUCAGCAGCGCGCCCUCAGACCUGGAGCGAAAAAUUUGGAGGAAAACUGGCCUUCAGAGCUGAUAUUUAGCCAAAGAGCUGUCUUCCAAUCGUAAACCUAAUUGAAAACUGACCUUAAGCACUGCCAAGGAUCAAGCCUUUGUUGGUUAAUAUUCAACUCUGGAAGCUGUUGCUGUGCCUGAGGGGGAAUUUGGAAAUGGGACUGUAGAUUUUCAGAGCAGCCAGACGCACGAACAUGGGCACCGGUACAAGUCGAGGGAAGAGAGUCGCACCUGCGUGUGUAAGCGAGGUGAACGUGACCAAAACGGGCUCCGGUGUCACUUCACCCAAAGAGGACAGCCGUCCAUUCAAGCCGCUCAAAAUCCAUACAAUUUUACGCAACGCGCGUAACCGUGCGCAACCGGACUGCCACAGCGAGGGACACGACUCGAACUUUUCUGGAGAGGAGGACGAUGUUGAUAGAGAACUGGACACGGUUCUGGCAGAUUAUGACGAGCGAGAGAGGGACUCUGUGAAGAGAACUCCCGCGAAGAAGACUUUCAUCCGAUCCAAAACAUACGGACUGUGCCAUUUUAGCCAGGAGGACGCAGAGGACGACUUCAGCUCUGCUCCACGACUCCGAGUGUCGGGAAGAGCCGAAGUGCCACGUGUCUCUCCCGGUGUGACAAGAGAUGUAAACAAGAGAAGCAAAUCUGCCUUCACACACCCUAAAAAACACACACCUGCGUGCCCCUCCCAGCACAAUUCCUCACAGGGCUUUUUGACAGGAGGGCCUUUGUUGGAAGCUGGUCCCACAUCAGAGCAACAAUUAACCUUUGGCAGCUGCCAUAGCUCCUCUCUCACCAUGCCAGUCAUCCCGUACGAUGGAUCAGAAGAGGAGCUGAUGGACACCAUUGAGAGAGAGUUCAGCUGACCCCCAGCUGAGGAUAAUGCAGCAAAGCUUCUGUCUUCUUCAUAGGCUAAAGUUAGUAGAGGACAUUUUUUAAAAAAAAGAGAGAACCAGGGUUUCUUUUGACAAAUUUCCUGCUACCAGGGAAGGAUACGUGAUCUGUAUUUAUGCAGGUUUGCCCGGAUAAAUUCAACCCUGUUAGUCUGAACAGCUUCACUCCUGGCCCUUUGCGUUUACCCAAGUUUUAUUUACCAACAUGAAGCAGUGUAAUUGCAGAGUUAUAGCACCGACUUGAACGGCUGCCAGGAGGUUCUGCUCACACUGACCAGGGCCUGUUAACUGAAAGAGGCCUUCUUGGUGUGUUAUCUGCAGCAGCAGGGUGUCACUGUCAUCCCAUCAGUCCGGCUGGGCCCCCCGCUGAGCCUGCACUGUUACCUAUUACUUACACUGCUCUAACUUGUCUGUUAAUAGGUAAAUGAGCAGCAUUUUCAGGCUGAUUAAGCUCAAUAGUUUUGCAAAUUUCAGCAGCAGAGGUAUUCUUGGGGCCUUUUGGGCAAAGCUAUAUGUAAGAUAAACACUUGUCCAUCAGAAGUUUUGUGCGUGCAGUACAGAGGGCUGUAGUUUUUCAUAUAUAGUAACCCUGCAAAGGUAUGAGCAGGGAGUGUUUAUUUAAGGUUUCCUUCCUGACCACAGUUCCUGUGCUUUUCCACCCUUUUGAGAGAGGAAUGUGGCACCACAGAGACUUUCAGUUGGACCCAGCUGUAUUUCUGCUGACACAAUUCAGUUCCAUUUAAACAUAAAAGCCUGCUGCCACUUAGUGGUGGAACACAGUAGAACACAAACGUGAAUGUUUAAGUGAAGACUGUACAUGUCUACAAACUGUUUUUCAUCAGUUUGACAAAAGACGUUUUUCAAUCAGAAAUGUAGGAGAGUUUCAAAAAAAUGUUUUGUAUUGCAAAUAAAAAUUAUUCUAAGAGAAAA